CGCAUGGUGUAUCGCGGCCUAAGCACAGCCAGAGUAUGUAGGACGCGCGCUAAUGGGCAAUAGAGCGAACAACCACUCCUUAUGGACCCGUGUCCCCGCCAAAUUGGCGCUGGCCAACCAACCUAUAUCUACCUCUUCAUCUGCUUUCGUUACCCUGUCAUUUCAAUGCAUUGAGACACUGUCAUUUCGGCCUACUAUCCUGAAAUAUAUCGAACACAAUAUGAUUGCUUUCUUGUCCUUCUCUUUCAACACUUGAUAAUUCAGUGAUCGCUAUUUACUUCACCAAUAGUUCUCCAAAAUGCCCGAUGACAAUCAUCGCACCGAACCUGACGAAGGGUUAUUGUACAAUACAGAGUCACAUUCAAUAAUGUCAACUACCGGUGGAACAGACAGUUCGGAGCCUGAAGAUGCUAUAAUAUGUGAAGUUGGGCCUGCGAUGCCAACAACUCAUGCACCGCCCAUCACAAACAACACUAAAGCUGAACUCACAAUACAAACUGCGGAUGCAGAUUGCAAUGGCAUUCAAACAAGAUCGAAUGAUGACGAGCCUCCACAAUCCGUAAUCCAUGCACCUGCUGGGUUCGGCGAAUUCAAGGUAAAUAGUCAACGAUAUUCUAGCAAUCCUCCUCCAUCUCGCUCAAACGAGGUACCAUCCUCGGCAUCUAAUGCGGUGACACAUGUCCCCCUAGCCCAUGAAUUAGAAACAAUAGGAAAGAAAACCUCAAAUGGUCCAUUAUCACCACCACCGCUUACGACGUCCAUUCAACCCGCCAAAAACUGGUUUGAAAGGGCUACUCCUCGUGCACAAACGAGGCAGGAUCUCUUAGAUAUCAGGCAUAAUAUGCAUCCAGUCGGCCAGAAAGAAGUGGACAUAGCCCUCGGCCACCACGGAGAGAGUCAUUUAUAUGCUGAGCCCUCUGUUAACGGAAAAUCUGACAUGCCUGAAAUUGCCGCUAGGGUCACCAAUCAGCAUAUAGACAGGGCACCGGAGGCACUUGGAUCUAAGGUCAUGCAUCCAUGCGACGAGGAAGCUGAGAUCACGGCUUUGCGAGCAGCCCUUGCCGAAUGCUGGGCUCUUUGCAAUACACUAGCGACUCUAAGCUACAUACACCGCGAACGUCAUGGCUACAUUGUGGAUUCUCCGGAGGAUACAUGGAAAUCAUGUUGGCGAUUAUGUCAACAAUUAUAUGACAGCCAGAACGACGACUAUGCAUCACGAGUCAACCCAACCCUUGACCUUUGCAGAAGCUUUUGCCAGACAUUGUUUGAAACCCGUGUUAAGAACGACGAGAGUGCAGAUUCCGUUCUACGAGUUAGUUUUGAGCUCAACAAUCAUCUCUACAAUACACAUGAUCGGAAAUUACCCGAUGCUUUUCGGGAGAGGACAUUAGACUUUUAUAUUACGCUCUGCCACCGUCUGAUGAAACAGAGAACACUUGUAUCAGAGACAGAUUCUCUAUUGAGUGCUUGCUGGUCACUAGCCGAGAUGCUGUUCAGCAUACGUCAGAGUAUAAAAGAGCGAAAAAAUCUGGGCGAGGAAUUGCUUGGCUCUGCAGUUCAGGCCUGCUGGGAAUUAUGCGAUGUUUUCCGCGAAGGUUGGACCCUAAGGACUCUACGAAGCUCUGAUCGUGGAACUCCACGACCGAGUCAAGCAACAUUCAUGCAAGCCGUUCAGCAGCCAAGACCACCUGAAUCGGGGUUGAAUGAUGAGUUGGUUGGGUAUCAAGGGAACCCAGAAACGCCAACGACCAUCUUUGAUGAUACUGCGACUGUAUCGCCUGAUGAUGCACCAGUACAAAACAUAUUUGUUCUGGGCCAAGGCCCAGGUCAUGCUUCACACGCUACAUGGUCGUCAAACUCGUCAAAUAUCUCGGGGAAAAGUCAAGCUUCCGAACAGACGUCGUCCACAAGGACAGUAAAAAUCUCAUCCAAAGAUCCCAACUUGACCGUUAUCCAAGUUCUAGUGACCCAAGCCGCAAUCAAUAGCGGGUUCCAGCAUUUUGGACAACAGGGAUUUUCAUCAUUUGUCAAGUCGCUUUCUUCAGACGCUUUCGGGUCGAUGCCUUGGCAAGUUGCGCUCCUAAAAAAUUACAAGCGGUUAGUAGCGUUCGACCCAGCAUUUAGGGGUGUUCGGCCGUCAGCUCGGGCGAGUGCGGUCGAUGUAGCCUCUGCCGUUCAGAUAAUGGUGCAGGGGGGUCAAUACCCUUGGUUACGAGACCUUUACCGCCUUGUCUUUGGUUUCCACGUAGAAGAAGCAGCAAGUCGAAAUGGCAUGGUGCUUCAAGUAUAGGGUUUGGCGAUCGCAGCGUCACAUCACUCACCUUCGGUUUCAUGUAUAUCACUCCUGGUUACCUCAGCGCAGUCCGCGGCAAAUGGCCUGGGGGAAGGAACGGGAAAGGAUGUUAGUCCUGCUUCUAUGGGACAACGUUAUGAAGUAGGUAGACAUGGAUUGUCAUUAGGGAUAAAUUUUAUGGAGACUCGUUGAAUCCGUCUGCGUAUGCUUGCCAAGAGUCCCGUUGAGCAACAGGGUCAAGCGAUACAAGUUAUGAAGCAUUUAUUCGUCUUCCAGUAUAGUGCUUCCAUAACAUGGCAUUAGGGAAAGUACCCAUCACUCUACAAUUACGGAUAACGGGCACCCGAUAUUAUAAGUUUAUAUGCCAUGGGCAACGCCCUGGUAU